CAAGCCACUUUGAUGUUGGGGUGAGUGAACCCAAUGUUCAAGUACUGAGAUGCAUUCUUCGCUAGCGAACAUGUGUUUUAGCUUUCUCCUUACUGCGUUCCUUCACCCCCUCACACCGAGACAUACAAGCGCAGUGCUCCUUAAGCAGCUGCAAGAUCUAAGAUUGUACCAAACGAUAUACGUAGCAUGUCAUCAGAACUUGUCAAUCGCUAGGUCGAAGUCGAUACAAAUCAAGCUGGUGCACCGAGACCGCGUAAAAAAAGACAGCUAGAGACGACGGGCCCACAACCUCAGUAUGGUUACUCUUGAACCCCGAUUCCAUUUUCAGAUGUGAAGCUCAGCCCUGGGAGAUCAACCAGUAAGAUAUAAACAGAUACCACUAGGUACGGGUGGCAGACACUCUCUCACGUUGCAGAAUAAACGGCGAGCUGAGAAUAUAAGCCGAGUACACUACACAACAGUGAAGUAGGGGAAACACCAAAAAACUCUAUACA